AUGAAGAAGCUUGAGAUUGCUAUCAUUUACACCGCCAUUUUUUUGAGCGUUGUUGGGGAAAACCUUUCAUUUGGAAGUCACUUGCGCAUCCAAAGAGCAGUCAGGGAGAGGUCUGCUCUUUUUCAAAAGGUGAAAGAAGAUGAAGUUUUGGAAGGGCACGUUAUAGCAAAAUUCUUGGUUCCAUCUGAGCUGGACUGUUUGCAUAGAUGUGUGUUGUCUGACAAUUGCGUGUCAUUCAACUAUCAACGGUUGAGUUUCAAAUCAACACGACGUACUUGUGAGCUAAAUGACGUCACUCUGCUGUCUUCCGGUGAGACACUCGUGAGACGAAAUGGAUAUUCUUAUAAAGAGCCGAUCGAUUUGUCCUACGACGGAGAUAAACACCGGACAACUAGCAAAGAAAACCGUCAGUUAGAACUGACAUCUUCCGCUGAAGAAAUGUCUUCAAUAUCAUCGAUGACAUCAUCAUCUGUUAUUGUUAUGUCGAAGUCUUCCUUGUCAACGCUAUCAAAGACGUCAUCGCCUGUCGCGUCAAUGAUAGUGUCUUCAAAUGCACUGGCUACGUCAUCUAUGAUAUCAUCUCCUUUGUCUUGCAUGAUAACACCAUCAAAGACUACUUCGUUUGUCACGCCAUCGAUAUCGUCAUCAAAUGUACUCGCUAAGUCCUCUAUGAUUUCAUCUGCUUUGACGUCUCUACCUUCCUCACAUCAAUCAGUCACACAGACCACAUUUGGCAUAACGAUGACAUCAUCAGCUUCUCUACUUAAUUCCACGUCAGGAGUAACGACAUCGUCAAUUACUCUGUUGUCGUCAUCUUCACAACCCCAAGCAGACUGUACGGGCGGCUGGUAUGGAUAUAGAACUGGAUGUAUUCGAUUUUUUACCCAACCUAAAACAAGAGCAGAUGCAAAUUCACACUGUAAGAGUUUCAUGACUUCUAACAAUGAAAAAGGAGGUCUGAUUAAGAUCCCGUCCGUUGAAGACAAUGACCAAGUUGUUAGCCUUGCCCCUCGGAAUGGAAAAUACUAUAUUGGUCUGACAGACACGAAUCAAGAGGGUGUAUAUCGCUGGAAAUGGACCACAGAUGACGCUACUUAUUUCAACUGGGAGUCAGGCUAUCCUCAAGCGACCAACAUUGAGAAAGAUAGAGACUGUGUUGUAAUAUCAACUCAUCCCGAUAACUCUUAUAAAAAGUGGUCCACUGUGCACUGCACUAACAGCUGGAUGUAUAUAUGCGAGUGUAAAAGUGCGUGCUCUUAGUAGU